GUCUGCUGGUUAGUGUCUGCAGCUAUUACAAGAAAUUUUUUGCAAACAAGUGUUGUUGAUCUGAUUUCCCUUCGGGGAAUUAUUUGUACAUACGAAAAUGCUCCGAACUCUUGGUGCGCGACUCGUCCCAAAGAGAACAAUUGUUGUGUUCAACAAAGGCUAUGCCUCAGACAAGUCUGGCAAAAAUAGUUCGUCUGAGACAAACCAUCAGUGUAUUCCUAAUGUGCCAGGAUUGAGUGGUGCUGUUGUUGAUGUACCAGAUUAUCCUGUUGGUUUUCGUGGAGCUAAAAAAGAUGCGGAAUACAAAAAUCCAGAAUACUUCUGUUAUCAUGUUGAUUCCUUUGCUGAUGCCUUUAUAGAGAUGGAAAAAUACAGACUACCAGCUCCAUCAAACAAGGCAGGGAAAAAGUAAAUUUCAUUAGCUGUAAUUGAUCAAUUUUAAUUUUUUUCUCUUUGGAACUACUUACUAUACAUGCUUUUUGAGUAGAUUGUGCCGGUUCCAUCAGUCAUAAAAUCUAUGUAAAUUUUGAAAUAGCAAAAAAAAUAAACGUAUUUAAACAUUUAA